AUGGCGCUCCCAAGCUCUAAGCCAAAGCUGCCUGUCGCAGUCGAGAAGCCCACGCCCUACACAUUCGAUCUCGGCCAUCUUCUCGCAGAGGACCCCAACCCCGUCACUCUCGACCGCGAUAAUCUCGAGCAGUCCCUCGCCGAGCUUGCCCGCGACGGCGCCCAGUCACUCAUCAACCAGUUCCUCUCCACCUGCCCUCUCAACUCCACCGCCGAGGGCGUCCUUCUCACCCUUCCCGCCCCGAGCACCCGUCUCCCCCGCGAGAAGCCUGUUCCGCAGGCCAAGCCUCCUACUAAGUGGGAGCGCUUCGCCGCCAAGAAGGGCAUUAAGCCCAAGACUCGCGAGCAGCGUCGCAAUCUUGCCUUCGACGAGCAGACAGGCGAAUGGCAGCGCAAGUGGGGAUACAAGGCUCUCAACAAGAAGGGCGAGGACUGGCCCAUCGUCGAGGUUGAUAUGGAAGCCGAGAAGAAGCGAAAAGAGGGUACCUCAAUCCGUGGCGAUGGUCGAAGAGAGCGCAAGGAGAGAAUCAAGCGCAACGAGCGAAAGAUGCGCAAGAACCAGGCUCAAGACGUUCGGCUUUGGAAGAAAAGAAUGAAAAAGGAAGACGCUGCAGCUGUCAAUCUCCUUGUUGUCUGGUACUCACCAGACCGUGUCUAAAUGGAGUCCAUGUCCCCCGACUGUGCGUCACGACGAAAUACAACAGCCAUGGGUUCUCCCCCAACCUGAUAGUUGACGUUGAUGAAGAAUAUGCAAUUAAUAAAUAAGCGAUUUCUGGCAGAGUAUGUUUUACUAAAUUCCGCGCACUAUCUAGGUAGCCUCUGCCAAUCUCAAACUCUACUAUCCAACAAUCCUCCUCUCUUGGCGAUUUUCAGUCACCACAAACAGAUGUACUCAAUAUUUUGGUAAUCUCCAUGCUCCUCUCUUGCUUGGCGUCGCCUUCAUUUCACUGUAACAUGACGGCAAAACACCAUUCUUACUAAGGUAGCU